AUGCUCCAAUUUGUCCACCAGAGCGGUGCUGAGGCCGGCAAGGACGAUGAAACUCGGCGCAAGGUCCGUUCACAAGCAAUGCGAGAUUUUCGUCGCCGUCAGCGGGAAGAGCGCGAGGCUGUAACCAACAUCGGUCGAGCCAAAGUGAGCAAGUCACAACGACAGUCAAGGUCGCCACAGGCUCGCCCUUGCGCCACCUCCGAUCGAUCAAGAGCUGCUUCCCUGCAGAGCGACUCGACUCGUAGUGAGAGGUCACAGUCUGCAACCUUCGAGUGGAAGUCAACAGACGAGUUCUUAGCCGUCCCUACUAGCCGCACGCCUUCAAUCGCAAUCCAGGGCGAUUAUUCCAGCGAUGGCGGCUCACCUGGCUACUAUUCAACUCCACGCGAACAGUCACCAGGUCAAUACUUCACUCCACCCGAGGUCCCAUCCAAUUACUACUUCGCUCCCCGAGAACCGUCACCAGCGCCAUGCCAAAACAUCUACUGGACUCCCGAGCUCCGACAGGAAGAGCUCUAUCAGCCAUCGAGAAGUCCGUCGAUCUGGGCUUCCGAUGUCGAGGCUGGCCCAUACCCACCUCCGGAACAAUUAAAGCAGACCAUCAACUUUUGCCGAAGCUGUACGACCAGCACUCUCAACCUGUUCAUCUGCGAUGAGUGUGUUGCAUUAUGCGAGCAGCAGGCCCCUCCUCAUACCUGGGCUCGAUGUUAG